UAGGUAGGCAUACCUUCUCCGUACUCCACCAUGGACAGCAGGGACUGCAGGAUACUUUUCCUCUUCUUGUUACCAGCGGUAGCCAUCGGCCUCAAGCUGCCCAACUACCUGGUGGCAUGUAGGAGGAGUGAUCCGAAGUUGGACGAGUGCGUCGUCAAGCAUGGACAAGACGCCAUCCCUAAGAUAUUAGGAGGUGAUCCAAAAUAUCGGGCCCCUAAAUUGGAGCCCAUGGAUAUAACAGAACUAAGGGUGAACCAAGGAACCAAACAGGUUGGCUUGAAGAUGAUCCUACGUAAUGCCAAGCUCUACGGUAUGAAGAACACCAAAUUUCUUAAAGCAAAAACGGACCUGAAGAAAAGACAAAUCGAAUGGACGUUCAAGGUUCCCAGAGUGGAGAUCAUUGGAGAUUACGAAGUCAAUGGGCAAGUGCUGAUCCUCCCCAUAACAGGAACAGGAAAGGCCAACGUCACAAUUACUGAACUGGAUAUCGUUUACAAGUAUGAAUGGGAUCUAGUAAAAAAGAAUGGAAAAGAAUAUAUGAACUUCACGAAGAGCAAAAUUGACUUCAACAACGGGAGGACCUAUUUUGACUUGAAGAAUUUAUUCAAUGGAGAUCAGUUUCUCGGUAACAAUAUGAACAGAUUCCUGAAUGAGAAUUGGAAGGAGGUGACCAAGGAACUUGGUCCAGCAGUGGGACAGGCAUUUAGUGACCUAUUUAGAAACCUUUUAACCAAUGUCGCUGCUCAAGUGCCAUACAAUGAAAUAUACCUACCGUGACUGAUAUAACAUAAUUUAAAUUGUAAAAAGUGUAAAUUAAUUUAAAUUUGGUUAAGCCAGUCUUUUUUUAUUAUUAUUAAAUUUGUUAUAAAUACUUUGAAAAUUUUCUUAAUUUAUCUGAGGCAUUAAAUAUCACAAGAAGGGGAAAGGACAGAUUGGCGGAACUAAGAUGUGAAGGAGAAUUGGUUUUUCUGCAGAGGAUCUGAAGAGAUGCCCAGUAAAAAAUAAUUAUAUAAUUGUUGAAUCAAAGAUAAUUGAGUUUAUUGGGUCAAAAACAACAAUUAGAUCAAUUAUUUUUUAUAGGCCUGAUUCUUGGAAUUAUAAACACAAAUGUGCUGCAACUAUAAUUGUAUAAGGAGAAAAUAAUCCAACUUGUAGAGCCAAGGUUAGACAAUCACCAUUAUACCAAAUUUAAGCAGAACCUGAUGUUCAAAUAUUAUAACUUAGGCACUAACGAAAGUUGCGAGAAUGAAAUGAUAGGGACAUGCCCAUACAAAGAUACACCAUAAGUAAACAUUAUUAAAUAUAUGCUAUUUAAAAAUAAAUUGAAUCAGCUCAAUUCAAAACAUUAACAAAUCAUUAAGUGUAAGUGAAGUUUAUCUAUAUUAUCAAAUAUAAAAUAUAAAGAGAGAAAAUAUAAAAUAUUUCGUUGUAAUAUAAUAGGACAUUCUGUUUUUAUUAUUAUAUCCAAAAAAUAGUUAUUAGCUCCAAAAUAAAAUUUUAUUCUCAAAAUAUAGCCUUUUUUUAUUUCUUUUUUUAUGACUAACCUUUCCUAAGCUGACUAAUUUUUUUUUUAAAGCUCAAAAAAAAAAGAAAGUUCAGUCUAGCCAAGGGAGGUAAUGUAAUGAUAGAUAAUAAGAGAAUGCUAGGCAUUUUUACUGACAUUAGCACCAUACAUCAAUACAUUGUAGAAGAUAGAAAGGAGAAAGAUUUGAUACUAAUUUGUAUACUCAAACAACUAACAUCAUAAAUCUCAAUUCCUGAUUUUGAAUGGAUUCGAACUUCAAGAGUUCUAAAAAACAUUAAAUUUAAACUUAUUAUAUCAGUAUUUAUAUACAAAAUAGAACUAAAGUGUAGAUUCAAUCAUGAAUUUCCACAAUGGUUCAAAUAUUUU